AUGUCGACUUUUGACUCUAACGCGUUCAAGACCGCAAGUACUGCAACCCCUUCUGCGACUUUCUCCUACUCUCUCCACCACCAACUAUCAAGUCGCUUCUCGAUCAACAACCACUCUACAAGUAUUCCCUCGUUCUCUUCGAUCUCUCCAUUGUCGUCUUCCCUCUCCUCGAUCCCCUGGAACUUCAAGACCUGGAACCCUCUGGCCACCCCUUUAAACCUCCAAGCCCGCUCAUCGCUCUAUACCACCUCCGAGAGAAUGCCGUUCAUCUCCCACUCCUGGACCUCUGCCUCCUUUUUGGACGUCGAGGCCGUCGUCCCCAAUGAAUCCGAUCCCUUCUUCGAGAAGCGAGAUCUCGCUCAGAUUCAGAAGUUGAUGGUCGCCAUCACCACACAGCGGCUGGAGCUCAAGAAGCUGGGUUGCCCUCUCAAGACUGUGUUGAGAGGAUUCCGUGAUCCGAUGUCCGACGAUGAUAUGGUUAGUGACCAUGACAACGACAGCGAUGAUGAGGAUGAGGAUGGUGACUGCAAAAGCAUGGGCCUUGUUGAUGGUGCCGCCAGCACCAAACUCGAUACUACCACUGAUGCCGAUGCUGCUUCCGAUACCGACCACGAGAAGAAGGAUCAAGUCGCCCUGUUGAACGGCGGAGAGGGUGCAGGGGAGCCAAAGGCCGAGAAUGUUGGAACUGUCGCGCAUGGCACCACCAAUCUGUCCAAGGGAAGGGGUGCUCAGUCCUGUAAUUGUUACAAGGUCGGUCAGGGGAUCGACAAACUGGCGCAGGGGGUCUUGACCCUGAAGCUCCGUUGCUCUCACGCUCACCUUCACGCUCACUUCAGGGUCAACGACGCUACUAUUGCUGCUAUGAACCGAAUCCCCUUCCCUGUUCUCGAGCACGGAUACCAAGGCCCUCCACCUUCGCCCUCGUCGCCUUUGGUAACUUUGUCACCUCUUGCCGAGGACAAGUUUGCCCCCUCUACCACUACCGCCUCCUCUGACUCUGUCGCCUCCGUUGCACAAGCUCCCACUCCCCAAAACAAUGGUGUUACUCUCAAGGGCAGUCUGGUCGUCAUCAAAUUGCCGAAGACCUCCAGGACGGUCGUUAUGCCCAAGGGUCACAUCCCCGUUUCCAUCCUCCUGCCUCCUAACACCCUCACCACUGCCGAGAAGAACCCUUCCCUGGUUUACGAGGAAGGAGUCGAGGUUGAGGAGGAAGGAGAAGCAACUGGACAGAAACGCAGCUCUAUCAGUCUGAAGUCUAGUCAGGAUGAUGCGUCCUCAUCGGCCAAGAAGAGACGUUGA